UAUGACAUUCAGAGAAUCAUGUAAACAAACUGAUGCAUCCUAGAGUGUGUUUACUUUCACUCAAAGCAUGUCCAGCCAAACGGCGAAUUUCUUUUUCUUCGUGCCAAUAUACUAUAUUUUACUCUUUUAUUUCUGCUUUUUCCUUUAAAUAAGAAAUUGUAAUUACCAAAUUUGUCUUGUUUUAUCAAACAACCCAAGAAGACAGCCACCACCAGCUUUCCACACAUCACAAGGUUUUCUAGACGACAUUGAGUAAAGCACACACUAUUGGAAAUUAUUCAUGUCAUUUCAGGAUAGAACGGCAGAAUUUCAAGCAUGCGUUGCAAAUACCAGAGCUCGAAUGAGAAUUUCUUCAUCAAAUGCAGCAAUGAGUAAUGCAUUGCAAGCAAAGCAUCAGAAGAGCGAGUUUACUACAGUCGCAAAAAAGAUUGCUUUCAAAAUCAGUGAGACAAGUAAACAUUUACAACGUUUAUCCCAACUCGCCAAACGGAAAACGCUGUUUGAUGAUCGGCCAGUGGAAAUUCAGGAAUUGACAUAUCAAAUCAAACAAAGCCUCUCUUCUUUGAAUUCAGAUAUCGCUUCUCUACAGCAGAUUGUUCGUCAAAGCUCUAAGGGUACUCGAAACAAACCUGCUCAAAUCAAUCAGCACAAUGAGAAUAUUGUCGUUUCUCUCCAGAAUUCACUUGCUGAUACUAGCAUGAACUUUAAAGAUAUUUUAGAAGUUCGCACGCAAAACAUGAAAGCCUCCCAAAACCGAACAGAAAAAUUUGUUGCUUCUACUUCUCUAAAUACUAAUCCUCUUGCUAAUAAUAAUUCUGCUACUUCGCCUUUUAAUUACAACGAAUCCAAGUAUGAGCCAAAUGACGAUUACCUUGCUUUAAAUCUAGGAGAAGGCGCGAAUACCCGAUACGAGCAAAUGGCAUUACUGGAAAAUCAAACUGACGUGUACUCCCAGCAAAGAAUGUCUUCUAUUGAAAGCAUUGAGAGUACAAUUUCCGAGCUGGGUGGAAUUUUCUCUCAAUUAGCACAAAUGGUGUCUGAACAACGUGAAACUGUUCAAAGGAUUGAUCUUUACACAGACGACAUAGCAUCAAAUAUUAACAGUGCUCAAAGAGAAAUCCUGAAAUUUUUCGAUAGAGUAUCUUCGAACCGUGCGUUGUUAUUUAAAAUAUUUGGUAUACUUAUUGCCUUUUUUCUUUUAUGGGUCCUUGUAACUUAAUUUAUGUCUUACAGUUGGCUACUCUUCUAAUUACGCAUUCGCUUCCUAUUUCCUAUGCGGAAUGACGGUUUGAUACUUUGUCAUCGCUCUUUUUUUCCAACUUUUAGUUAUUGGUUAUGAACUGCUGGUUCCAACUGCUUUUCCCUAGAAUACCUGGAAUACCAGUCUAUACCUUUCUCCUAAUGCUUCAAUGUUUAACAUUCCGUUUACUUUUCUGAUUUUUAUAUGAACCUAAUCCUCUCCAUCAUUAUCCUCUUCCAUUUGUUGAAUACUUUCCGCUUCCAACUCCUCUAGUUGCCAGCCAACGUCAGACUUUUUUGGCAUAUAUUCCAUAACCUGAUAAGUCAGGGCUUCUAGCACGUUGUCACUAAAACCCGUUAGUAUACAAUUAAGCUUUUAGAUUUUCAUUCAUCUUACUUUGCUGUUUGAAUCCAAUAAGCAUAAUCAUUAAU